AUGAAGCCAACAGAGGGACCAGAACCAGGAAACCACACUCUGAUGACUGAAUUUGUCCUCUAUGGAUUGUCCAACCACCCAGAACUGCAGCGCUUGCUGUUCUUCACAUUCUGCUUGAUUUACACCAUCACCAUCAUCGGGAACCUUCUCAUCUUCAUGGUCACAGUACACCCCACCCUCCGCACACCCAUGUACUUUUUCCUCCGCGUCCUGUCCUUCCUGGAUAUUUCCACAGCAUCAAUCGUUGUUCCCAAGAUGCUGGUAAACUUCCUGUCACAGGACAGGAGCAUUUCCUACAUGGGCUGUGCCACACAGCUCUACUGUGUCAUUUUCUUAGCAGCCACUGAAUGCUACAUUUUGGCAGCCAUGGCCUAUGACCGUUACAUGGCCAUAUGCAACCCCCUUAGAUAUGCAAUCAUCAUGAACAGCAGAGUUUGUCUUUCUUUGGUCCUGCUGUCGUGUUGCAGUGGUAACGUUGUCUCGGUGGUGCAGACAGCUUGGGUGUUCACGUUGCCAUUUUGUGGGCCCAAGAAUAUUAACUACUUCUUCUGUGAUAUUCCCCCCCUCAUCAGGCUCUCCUGCACUGACACCUCUUUGUAUGAAAAGCAGAUCAUUAUAGCCACAGCGCUGGUCAUCUUUACACCAUUUUGUCUCAUCUUGGUAUCCUAUGCCUGCAUCAUCUCCAGCAUCCUGAAGAUUUCUUCUGUAGAGGGCAGACACAAGACCUUCUCCACCUGUUCCUCACACCUAAUUGCUGUAACAUUGUACUGUGGAAGUGUGACCUUGAUUUACUUACGGCCCAAAGCCAUUUUCUCUCAAGAUGCUAAGAAAUUUCUGCCUCCAUACACAUCCAUAACUCCUAUGUUAAACCCCCUGAUUUACAGCCUGAGGAAUAAAGAUGUGAAAGAAGUACUAAUCAGAAUGAUGGCUGAGCUGAUGAAGAAAUAA